AAGAAUAAACAGUCAAAGAUUAAGCUAGCAGCAGUGUAGGAGAGGGGGUGGUAGGUAGGCGGUAAGAAAAUAUAUAUGAAAAUUCCCCUAUUUAGAAGGUGAAAAUAACGACACUCACAUUUCUUUCUUUAUAUGCUUACCCCCACCACCACUUCUCACCCUCCCACCUACUGCUGCUGCUUCAUUUAUCAUUUUCCUCAACCAACUUGAACUCAUUUAUUUCUUGAAAUGGCUCAAGAAGUUGUUAACCCAGAAGAGCAGGUUGUUCUUGGAGAAGAGAUAGAUCAUGUUAGGCUGAUCACAUUGAACAGGCCUCGUCAAUUGAAUGUUAUUUCAUCAAAAGUGGUUUCUCUGCUGGCAGAUUUCUUAGAGAAAUGGGAAAAAGAUGAUAACACCAAACUUAUAUUAAUCAAGGGUGCUGGGCGAGCAUUUUCUGCUGGUGGGGAUCUAAGAAUGUUCUAUGAUGGCAGGACAUCAAAGGAUUCUUGUCUUGAAGUGGUUUACAGAAUGUACUGGCUUUGCCAUCACAUCCAUACUUAUAAGAAAACCCAGGUUGCUCUCGUCCAUGGAAUUUCAAUGGGAGGAGGUGCAUCAUUGAUGGUCCCGAUGAAGUUUUCAGUCGUCACAGAGAAAACUGUUUUUUCCACUCCAGAAGCAAGUAUAGGAUUUCAUACUGAUUGUGGUUUCUCAUACAUACUAUCUCGUCUCCCUGGUCAUUUGGGGGAAUUCUUAGCCUUGACAGGUGCGAGGCUGAAUGGUAAGGAAUUGGUCGCUGCUGGAAUGGCAACUCAUUUUGUCCCAUUUGAGAAACUGCCUGAGCUAGAGAAGCGUCUUAUAAGCUUGAACUCUGGUGAUGAGAAUGCAGUGAAAUCUGUUAUUGAAGAAUUUUCUGUGGACAUACAGCUUGAUGAAGACAGCGUUUUAAACAAGUUGUCAAUUAUUGAUGAGUGCUUUUCAAGGGAUACUGUGGUAGAUAUCAUCAAAUCAUUUGGACUUGAGGCAAGCAAGGAUGGAAAUGGAUGGAUAGGUGCAAUACUGAAAGGGUUGAAAAGAUCAUCCCCUACUGGAUUGAAAAUCACUCUCAGAUCGAUUCGUGAAGGAAGGAAGCAGACACUGGCUGAGUGUCUUGAGAAGGAAUUCAGACUAACAAUGAACAUACUCCGAACCACCAUAUCUGCUGAUGUCUAUGAGGGUAUUCGGGCUCUCACCAUUGACAAGGAUAAUGCUCCUAAGUGGGACCCACCAACUUGUGACGAAGUGGAUGACUCUAAAGUGGACCUGGUAUUCCAGCCGUUCAAAGAUAAUUUGGAGCUUCAAAUUCCUGAAAACGAAAAGCACAGGUGGGAAGGCAAAUAUGAACACUCAGCCUAUGCUGCUCUAAAUGCAACAGGAAUAGCAAAAUAAAUCUCUUUUCCCAGCUCAGAAGCUUGUUGUAGGCCAUCAAUCCGCAUCUCAGGCAGCUGGUUGUGUUUUUUUUUUUUUCUCCGUCUUUUUUUUUUGUUUUGUAUUAAGAUGACUAGUGUGACAAUAUCUCAUGAAAUUUUAUUCGAAUUUCCUUGCA